GCCGUCGCGUUUUACAGCUGCAUCCCACUCAACUCGCCACCUUCCAUCGUCGUCACGCUGGCAGGACCACGGCCACAUGGAGUUGUCGCAUUUGUGAUAAAACUUCAAGAUGGCAUCGAGAAGCUCAUACCCAUAUCGCGAGGAGGAGGAGGAGGAAGAGGAGGAGCUGGACGAAUCUGACUACAAAACCCAGAAGGAUGCCGUCCUGUUUGCCAUCGAGAUCAGCUCGUCGAUGCUUGAGCAGCCGGCAAAAGGCAGCUCAAAAAAGGGGGACAAGGAUAGCGCCGCCACUGCAGCGCUCAAAUGCGCCUACCAGAUCAUGCAGCAGCGCAUCAUCGCCACGCCGAGUGACAUGAUGGGAAUCCUGCUUUUUGGCACCGAAAACUCAAAGUUCCGCGAGGACGAUGAGCAGGGCGGCGGUAGUGCCCGCUAUCCCCACUGCUACCUGUUCAUGGACCUGGACGUACCCAUCGCCGAGGACGUCAAGCGGCUCAAGAACCUAGUCGAGGAAGGUGACGACCCCGAAGAGGUGCUCAAACCGACCGACGGGGCUGCCAAUAUGGCCAACCUUCUGUUCUGCGCCAACCAGAUCUUUACGACCAACGCUCCCAACUUUGGCUCCCGGCGCCUGUUCAUCAUCACAGACAACGACAAUCCGCAUGGCAGCGACAAGACCUUGCGCUCGUCCGCGGCCGUCCGAGCCAAGGAUCUCUACGAUCUUGGCGUCAUCAUCGAGCUCUUCCCCAUCAGUAGGAAGGACGAGGGCGUUUUUGACUUGACUAAAUUCUACGAUGACAUCAUUUACCGUGAUCCGGCGUCUGAGAUAGGGGCGCCAGACGGCAUCAAGCCGGCCAAGUCGGGCGAUGACGGCCUGUCACUCCUCAACUCGCUCAUUUCCGACAUCAACUCAAAGCAGACACCCAAGCGUGCUUACUUCUCUCACCUGCCGUUUGAGGUGGCGCCUGGUCUGACCAUAGCGGUCAAGGGCUACAUCCCACUCCACGUGCAGAAGCCCGCCAGGAGCUGCUACAUCUACGUUGAAGGCGAGACACCGCAGAUAGCCACGGGGGAGACGACCAAGCUGGAGAUGUCGGAGAGCUUGCGGACUGUGCACAAGUCGGAGCUCAAAAAGGCACACAAAUUCGGCGGCGAGUACGUGCACUUCACGCCCGAAGAGACAAAAUCGCUCAAGGACUGGGGCAGCCACGUGCUCCGUAUCGUGGGCUUCAAGCCGCGGUCGGCGAUCCCGGCGUGGGCGUCCAUCAAGAAGUCGACCUACAUCUUCCCCGCCGAGGAGGACUACGUGGGCUCGCAUCGCGUCUUCACGGCGCUCUGGAAGAAGCUGCUGCGCGACGACAAGGUGGCGCUGGCGUGGCUCGUGGCGCGCGUCAACGCGAACCCGAUCCUCGUCGCCAUUAUGCCCUCGCGCAGCCCGUCGGACGACGAGUCGGGCACGCCCUUCCUCCCCGCCGGCCUGUGGCUGUACCCGCUACCGUUCGCCGACGACCUGCGCGAGCCCGACAAGCGCGCGACGGCCAGGGCGCCCAAGGCGCUCAUCUCGGAGAUGGAGAAGGUGGUCAAGAACCUGCACCUGCCCAAGGGCACGUACAACCCGGCAAAGUUCCCCAACCCGGCGCUGCAGUGGCACUACCGCAUCCUGCAGGCGCUCGCGCUGGAGGAGGAGGUGCCCGAGCACCCCGAGGACCUGACGGUGCCCAAGUACAAGGCCAUCGCCAGGCGCUCUGGGGACGCGCUCCGGGAGUUGAACGAGGCCUUUGAGGCCGAGGCCGCGGUGGCGCGCGGCAAGCGCGCCGUGAAGCACGAGCUCGAGGACGACUCGGGCCACCCGGCCAAGAAGUCGCGCAUCGCCAUCUCGGGCGGCGGAGGGGCAGGGGCAGGGGCGGCGGGCAUGAGCCACGCACAGCUCAAGGCGGCGCUGGCGCAGGGCACGCUCGGCAAGAUGACGGUCGUCGACCUCAAGGCCAUCCUCACGUCCAAGGGCAUCAGCCCGACGGGCAAGAAGGCGGACCUGCUGGACAAGCUGGAGGAUUGGAUCGAGAACAAUGUUUAGCCGGCAGGGCUGGGUCAAGGAUGAUGUGUCCAGGGGUGCCUGGAGAUGUUGGCUUUUUUUUGUAGUAUUUGUAUUAUGACUAUUUCUUGAGGUGUUUGGAAUAGGACGGGCGGGCCUGUGGGGAACGCCUCUGUUUGCUGUCAAUUAAUUACAUCAUGCGCUGGAACAACGUGGCUGCAGGCGAUUAAUCACCACGAUCUCGACACUGUUCCUUGAAAUCUCUCGCUAUAUCGCGCUUUGACACAUCGCAUCUUGCUACAGCCCAGAU